UGGGAUAUAGAUGACACAUGAUUGUACCCUUGCAGAUACCAACAUGGCUGGCACAAACAUACAAAUAACACAUCAUGUAACGCUGUGUUUAUUCAUUUAUGUUGUCGUCUGCAACUGCAUUUCCAGUUUUACCACUGCGUCAGCACAAAGAAUAAACAUACUUCCGACUGAUCCAGCCGUGUGUACCGGGGACAAUAUCACAUUUACAUGUUCUUUAGAGACUACAACUAACGCUAAAAAUCAAAUAAAACCAGUGUUAUCUUCGGAAUCUUUAGUUGCCAGUACCAGUACGCAUCUAGUAGAUUACGGUACGGCUGAAAUAACGCUGUUCAACGUUUCCGGUAAACAUGAUCACGUGGCAGUUUGCUGUAUUCUUGACAACACCGACGAAAUUUGUGACAUGCUCACAGAAGCUAGCUCUAUUUUGAAUGUGUACCCUUUACCAAUUGAAGUUCAAAACUUUAGUUGCCUGGUCGAAAACUAUGACAGAUCACUGAACUGUUCGUGGAGUUAUGGGAAAAUUUAUGAAAGAUUUAAAGAACCGGAAGUGACACUUCUAUGGAAAAGCGGUGAUUCACCUUGGAUGCACUGUCCAUAUCUUGACAUAGAAAACGGCAUUUGCUUUUGGGAAAACACUGAACCUGACUUCACGUUUAGAGAGAUUCAAAUGAAAGUUAGUUUGGAACAAACAUGUGGAAAAAGCGCAGAGUCGCAUUUUUUAACAGAUACUUCCAAAAUAGUCAAGCCGAACCCUGUUGUGGAAUUUUCAAGUAAUGUCAAAAGUAGCACAUGUAUUGAGAUAAAAUGGCAAUCAGCUGACAAGACAUAUCCGAAAAGACAUACUGUCAAAGUAUCCGGCCGAUGGAAAGAUGACUGGGUAAGUUACAAGUCUUAA